AUGGGACAGAAAGCUACUACCUCUGAUACUGCCAAGAAAAAUAUUACUCCAGAGGAAGAAAUAAAGCAAGAGUUGCAACUUCUUUGCAAUGUACAAUAUCUAGUUCCAGAUAAACAAACUUAUUUUUCAUCCAUUGUUCUAAAUGAAGGUUAUUCGAUUGUAAAGAGAGAUACACUAUUAGAUAUUCUAAAGGAAACUAGUGAUCUGCUUGAGAAAUCAACAACCAACAGUGAACCUUUCGUAAGGAUUUCCUAUCAAGGAUCUGGCUCCAUCACUAUUACCAAUGAAAUUAAAGAGAAGUUUAAAAGUGUUACAUUAGACAAUGAGAAUAUCACAAAGGCAGUUGAUAAAAUUAUUGAGAAACUAAAUAUCAAAGUUAGCUCUUCUGAUGGCCUUGUUGAAAAGGUAAAUUUGAUUGACAAUUUUAUGUCAAAAUUGGUUGAUGAAUUGAAGCAGCAAAAGAAUGAAAACGAGUCGUUAGAAAUCAGAUUCAGCACACUAACAAAAGAGCUAGCUCAAACUCAUACAGAAUUAGAGAAGGUGAGAAGAGAACUAAACCAAGAGAAUCAAUCAAGAAUGAAAGCUGAGAUUGAAAUCAAAGAAAAAGAUGAAAGAAUUCAAGAAUUGAUAAAAGAGAAAGAAGCAGCUAUUCUCAAUCUCCAAACAUUACAAAGAUCAAUGGAACUUCUCAACUCUGGUGAGGUCAUCAACAGUCAAGCUCAAGAAGUUGUAGAGAAAUGUACAAAAUUGAUAACCAAUAUUGAUUCAAAAUGUUUUGAUUUCAUAAUGGAAACUGGACUUCCUGAAAUCUAUGAAAAGUAUCUUUACUACCUUUCCAAUACAAUUUUCCAAUGCUUAUUUGAAAAUCCAACUAUUGAAAAGAAGGAACUGUUUGAAAUCUCUUGGAACAAAUUCCUAAACUCUGCAGAAAACGAUGAAUGCAAGAACAUGCUCCUCACUGGAGAAUCCAUCUUUUCUGAAAUUGUUUCAAUGGCCAAAGAUUUGGAACAAGCAACACAAUCAUUGCGAUUCCCAAAGAUUUCUCUUCUUUGGAUUGGAAUUGAUGGUGAAAUCUAUUCCUCCAAAAGCUUCAAACUUAUCGGUUAUGUAGAUUAUGUUGAUGUUAAAGAGAUCUCAGAAGAGAAUUCCAGUCAACCUGAAGAGGAGAUUGUUUCAGUGCUUCCUGCUUUAGUUCUUGGAGAAAAUAAGAAGGCUGAGCUGAUUGGAACAGCAUUCAAGAGAAUCAAGAGAAUGAAAAAAUAA